UAAGUUGUCCGCUGCCUCUCCAUCGAGCCACUUCCUUUACUUCCCGGAAAUACAAACCAUUCACCAACAUGGCGACACUGACAGUGACUCGGCCGCCUUUCGGAGGUUUCAGUUUCGAAAAUUCUAAGAGAAAUGCAGUUUUGGAAGGCAAUGCCAGCAAAAUGGGAUUCAACUUGCCUCCUGCGCGAAAAACCGGAACUACCAUCUGUGGUGUUGUCUUCAAGGAUGGAGUCGUCCUAGGAGCUGACACCAGAGCCACUGAGGGAAUGGUUGUGGCAGACAAGAACUGCUCCAAGAUCCACUACAUCUCCCCCAACAUUUACUGCUGUGGGGCUGGAACAGCUGCAGACACAGAGAUGACCACUCAGAUCAUCUCCUCUAACCUGGAACUGCACUCACUGUCAACAGGCAGGUUGCCUCGUGUGGCCACCGCCAACCGCAUGCUCAAACAAAUGCUCUUCAGAUAUCAGGGCUACAUCGGUGCUGCGCUGGUUCUGGGUGGAGUAGACUGUAAUGGUCCUCACCUUUAUAGCAUCUACCCUCACGGCUCCACUGACAAGCUGCCCUACGUCACCAUGGGCUCUGGGUCCCUGGCUGCCAUGGCAGUGUUUGAGGAUCGCUACAAGCCUGACAUGGAGGAGGAGGAAGCCAAGCAGCUGGUGCGUGACGCUAUUGCUGCAGGGAUCUUUAAUGACCUGGGCUCUGGCAGCAACAUUGACCUGUGUGUUAUCACCAAGGGAAAGGUGGACUACAUUCGGCCCCAUGAUGAGGCCAAUAAGAAGGGGGUCAGAGCACAUGAACUUGAAGCCGUACAUCCAACUGGUGACUACAAGUACAAAAGAGGAACCACCAGUGUGUUGUCGAAGGUCGUAACCACGCUGGACCUGGAGCUGGUGGAGGAGUCUGUACAGACUAUGGAUACCUCCUAAAUACUUCAUUCCAAGAAUUUCUGACACAGACGGCAUGUUUUUCCCAUGGUUUACAAUAAAAUUAUUUGAGUUAAUUCA